CAUAGUUAGCGUCAGCCGUCCGAUCAUUAAAGUCAACAGCGACCGCGGUUAGUUGAAUACGUGUGGUUAGUAGAGUGGCCGCCGAGAUCAAAAUCACGGAAGGACAUAAAGUGAUCAUUUUUCUUUUCUGUACAUGCUAGAAGAUCUCGCAGCUCGUAAUACAGGACGUCCCAUCAAAGACACAACAUAACCUUACUUUCGUGGAUGUUGCCUUUCGGAGUCGAUGUCGACGACUGGCCUGGAUUUACCCACGAUUUUUACGCUUAGGAUUAUUAUAGCAGCUGAUGAAUUCCAUCUCGGAAAAAUGCUGUCUUUGGAUACGAUAAACUCGUCAAGCCAUAUUUGGAUCUCAUCAGCUGAUUGGAAAUGAGUAUAGAACAAGGCGUGUCGCAUUGACCGGAACAAAACCAAGACGAACAACCGAACCAUGGAUACGACGUGUAUGUCUGCUAAGUGUGAGAUUGCGGCGAGCGGAUCUCCCCUGCCAAUCCUGUUGCAGCUGAUACAAACUCUUUUGGCGGCGCAGUGCGAGUUGGGCAGCAGCAAGAAUUAUCCACCUGACCGGUCGGAGGAGGUCGCAAGAUCCAACAUCGAAUUCGACUUCGUGGUCGUGGGCGCUGGAAGCGCCGGGGCCGUGGUGGCCAGUCGUUUGAGCGAGAUCGAGGACUGGAAGGUACUACUGAUCGAGGCAGGCACUGACCCCUCGGCCUACAGCGAUAUUCCCGCGACCUUCUUAGAAUUGCAAGGCACGCCGGAGGAUUACGCCUACGACGUCGAGCCCGAGACGUUCGCCUGCCACGGCACGAAGACCGGACGGUGUACGUGGGGAAAAGGCAAGGCUCUCGGCGGCAGUUCUUCGAUAAACGCCAUGCUUUACGUCCGGGGCAACGAAAAAGACUUCAACGGAUGGCGCAGUAUGGGCAACGAGGACUGGGGCUACGAGGACGUUCUGCCGUAUUUCAGGAAAUCUCAAAACUGCCAAGACCCACGUCGCGACUGCAUUCAUCAAGGGCCGUUAAGCGUCAGAUACUUCAACUAUACCAAAGAGCUGGCGCACGCAAUAUUCAAGGAGAGCCUUGGCGAGUUGAACGUACCUGUUCUGGAUGUCAUGAAUGCCGGCAAGUAUAUCGGAUACGGCCUAACUCAAGCGACGGCGGUCAAUAGCCGUAGGAUGAGCUCGGCAAGAGCCUUCCUGUCGCCGAUCAAGGACAGGCGAAAUCUAUACGUGAUGAAGUACACCCGAGCCGACACCGUUCUCAUGAACGGCAAUCAGGCGGUCGGAGUGCGCAUGACCUUGAAGGAUGGCACGUCGAUCGACCUGAGAGCGUCGAAGGAGGUGAUCCUCUCUGCCGGCUCCGUCGCCACUCCCCAGCUGCUAAUGCUCUCCGGCAUUGGGCCCAAGCAGCAUCUACAGGAGAUGGGGAUACGCAACAUCGUCGAUCUGCCGGUCGGUAAAAAUCUUCAGGAUCACAUCACCUGGUUCGGCAUAUAUGCGACGUACAAGGACCCGAACGUAGGACCGCCGCUGCCGCCCACAUUUUUCCUAGACGAAGCUUAUAAGUAUCUCAUGUAUACUGAAGGUUCCCUCGCAAGUCUCAGGUACGAUUACCAAGGCUUCAUCAACGUGAACGAUCCGAACUCCAAAUACCCGGACAUUCAGUUCCACCAUAUAUUCAUAUCGCGAGGGCAGAACGCAAUUCUGGGAUCAGCGUUAGACAAGUUCUACAUACACGAUGACAUAGUGUACGAUAUAUGUGAAACUCUGAACGACAACAGCCUAAUGGCAUUUGUCCCAAGUCUGUUGAAUCCGAAGAGCUUGGGCGAGAUACAGCUGCGUAGCAAGGAUCCGGCGGAUCCCGUCAAGAUCUACGCGAAUUACUACACCGUGAAGGAGGACAUGGAAACGAUGUUGAAGUCCAUACACUUCGUGAAGAAACUGGUGAGGACAAAAGGGUUUCAGCGGUACGGUGCGAAACUGUAUCACGUAGACAUUCCGGGUUGCCGACACACUGAACCUGACUCGGACGAAUACUGGAUAUGCAGCAUACAACACAUGUCUCUGACGCUCUACCACCCCGUCGGUACGGCGAAAAUGGGCCCUAAGAACGACCCCACGGCCGUCGUAGACGCCCGACUGAGAGUGCACGGAGUGAAUGGGCUGAGAGUCAUCGACGCGUCUAUCAUGCCGACGAUCACCAGUGGAAAUACGAACGCGCCUACGAUAAUGAUCGGGGAGAAGGGCGCGGAUAUGAUCAAGGAAGAUUGGGCGAUCCCGAAGGGCAAGGUAGAACUAUAGGAAGAGAAGGGGGAGGCACAUAUUUUUGUGCUUACUAUUCUUGUACUCGCUAUGUUGGGGUUUUUUUAUUUUAAAACAUAAGAUAAU